AUGGACUAUUUAAAGAAAUAUAUUGAAAUUAUUCCAUAUUUUAAUAAUGAGAAGAAAAAUACUUCCAGGUUUGGAAUUACUGAGGAUAUGGUUCCUUCGUUUUCUGAAUCUAAAAAGGCAAUAAAGCUUACUACUAAGCCAUGCAUGAGAUAUAGAUUUUUAAAAGUUGAAGAUCACAUAGUUCCUCUGUAUCCAGAAAGAGAGAAGCCAGUAAGAGAAAAGAUUGAGAAUGUGCAGUUUCAGGGGACUUUUAAUUUGAGGGAUGAGAUUAAAAAGGUAAAAUUUAAAGAAAUAGAGGAUGAAGAAAUAGAAGCAGUAGAAUAUGAGGUGAAAAAGAUAGAGGAAGAAACAAUAGAACAGCCAUAUAUUCGUGGGCAGUACUUAUAUAAGCAUUUUGAAAAAAAUCCAGCAAAGUGGCACGGACCAAUAGGAAUGAACCAAAACAGAUUUCAGAUACAAGGAAAUAUUUCUGCUGAUAAUAAAGUUAAAGUAGUAGAUUUAAGUGAAGAUAGAAGCUUUAACCCAAUAAAGCAUGUUAGAUGGCAUAUGACUCCUCAGAUUAUAACUGAAGGAGAUGAUUAUUCUUUGGUUGACCCUAUUCCUUUAUUUGAAGGUUUUGAAUGGUAUAUAGAAAGGGAAACAAUUGGUCACUAUUUGAAUGUUACUAUAUUUAGGGGAAAUUACAUAAAUAAGAACCAAAUUAAUCCAAUACAAGCUAAAGAUCUACAUUUUAAUGGCAAGAAAAAGUUACUUAAUCAUAAAGAACGCUCUGAUUAUUUUAUGGAAUCAAAAAUGAAUUCAGAGAUAGAUCCUGAUUUUGAGAAGUAUAUUACAGAAGAAACUAUUCUUGGGCCUGUCCUUAUACCGGACUUUAUGGCUCAUCAGAUUUUGGGUUUUAUUUGUGAUGAAAGUUUAUGCUGUAAUAUAAUUCUAUUAGACCGUCCAAGGCCUUCAUUUUCUUUAAAUGAUGGAGAUUCCACCAAAAAAUCUGGUUCAAAAUCUAAAAUAAAUCAUCCAGAUGAAAAGAAAAAGAAGAAGAAGAAGAAGAAGAACAAGAGAAAGAAAAACCAAAUUGAUGAUGAAGGUGACGUAAAUGAUUUUAGCAAUAACGAUGAUAAAGGUGAUGGAAACGAAGAUGAAGAUGAAAGUGAAGAUGAAAAUGAAGAUGAAGACGAAGACGAAGACGAAGACGAAGACGAAGACGAAAACGAAGAUGAAGAAGACGAAGAUGAAGACGAAGACGAAGACGAAGACGAAGAAGAUGAAGAAGAAGACGAAAAUAGUGAUGAAGAGGAAGAUGACGAAGAUGAUGUGAAGAAUGUAACUAGGGCCAAAGUUAGCAAGAAUGGAAAAGAAGAAAAAAAAAUAUCGGAUCCAAAUUCAAACUCCAACUCAAAUUCUGAUCCAGAUUUAGGCUCAGAUUCGGACUCUUUGCCUGAAAAUCAGAAACAUAAUGAUGACGAUGACUACUACGAAGAAGGUGACUAUUUGGCAUUUAAGAGGGAAACUUAUAGGGGAGUAUUCGAGUCACAGCUAAUGGAUGGGUUGGUAAAAAUAAGUUAUAAUACUAAAGAAGAUGAAAGGAAGGAAAAAAGAAAGAAAAUUAAAAUGUCGAAAAAUAAUGAGAAUCCUGUAGAAUACAAGUUAAGCUAUCAUAAGUCAAUAGAAUUUGAAUUCGAUCAGUUCUUUUUCACGAUUGAACAUAAACAAAAUAAAAGUAUUGUAAAGAUGAUAAUUUUUGAAACAAAAAACAGAAGCUAUGAAAUAAGGUUUAGAGUUGACCCAGAACUAGGAAGAGAUAAUUUCUAUUAUACUAUGAUUGCUUUUCAAGGAUGCUAUAGGAACCAAAAUUAUGCCUGGGAUGAUCACCUGAAAAACGGAAAUAUUGUCCCAAUUAAAGAACUAAUUCAGGAAGAAUUAGAAUUAUUAGCUUUAAAAGGUUAUAAUUAA